AUGGACUUCACUGCGUUGUCACUCAUUGGAGUACUGACAGCUGUGAUCGGUACUGCAGCGCUUAUCUUGCUGUUGAAACGAAAAUAUGACCACGGCUUCUUUCGGAGGCGCGGAAUUCCAGGGCCAGAGCCAGACCUUAUCAUGGGCAACUAUGCACAACUGGACAAAGACCGCAUUAAGGUGAUGGAUAACUGGGUGAAGCAGUAUGGCAAAGUGUUCGGUUUCUACAUGGCCGAAAUUCCGUACGUGGUCAUCAGUGACCUGGAUAUGAUCAAAGAGUGCUUCGUCAAGCAAAUGGAUGUCUUCCACGAGAGGCCGCCGAUGUUGAUACCCGUGGAGCCUCUCUUGAGCAGUCUACUUUACGCCACAGGAGACCAAUGGAAGAAAAUGCGGAGCGUGGUUAAUCCCAGCUUCAGCUCCACCAAGAUGAAGUAUUUGGCUAGAACCAUGGUGAGCUGUUGCGAAAAGACACUAGAAGUCAUUAACAGCUAUGUGGAUAAUGGACAACCCGUAAACAUGACCGAGUUAUACAAGGGCCUUUCGCUGGACGUCGUAUCCAAGUGCGCCCUUGCGUGGGAGGUCAAUUGUCAGGGGGAUCCAAAUGACCCGCUCCUGAAAGUUGUCAGGAGCGUCGCAGAGGAUACUGAAAGCACCUUGGUCGAAAGAGCGCUUAAGGUUCCCGCUUUCCGGGAGCUUUUGCGAUGGGUGUUUCCAUUCACCGAGAUCUCUAGGAUCUACUGUGAGCUACUCGAACGUUUGCUUCAGAUAAUAAUGCUUCGCAGGCGCGGACACAGACCCCCGAUGCUGGACAUGUUGCAACUGCUGCUUGAUGCCCAAGAGGGCACGGAACGCAAGGGCUUUGAGGACAGGAAACCACGUGUCCCACUGAUCACUGACGAGCAGCUUCUGGGGAACUGUUUCGUCUUCCUAGUCGCAGGAUACGAAACUACCGCAACAGCCAUGUCUAUCGCAAUGUACGAACUGGCCAUGCACCCAGACGAACAGGAAGAGAUCUACUUGGAAAUGAUGCAAGCUCUGGAACAUAGCGGUGAACUUACGUACGAAGUUAUCCACCAAUUGAAGCGCCUAGACAUGUUCGUAUGCGAAUGCCUCCGCAUGUAUCCUCCCAUUACCUUAAUCACGUCCAGACAGUGCAAUAAGGACACCCUAGUCCUUGGACAGCAUUUUCCUGCAGGUGUCAACGUGAUGGCUGCGACGUGGCAGGUACACCAUGAUCGAGAGGUUUGGCCCGAUCCAUUCCGUUUUGACCCAGAGAGAUUUCGUCAUGGUGUCCGCGCCCACCAUCCGGCGGCGUUUAUUCCUUUUGGUCUUGGUCCCAGAGAGUGCCUGGGAAAGCGGUUUUCUAUUCUAGAGAUCAAAGCGGCUGUUUGUACAACGCUGAGGAAGUGUAAAGUGCUUCGGUGCGAAGAAACAGUCGUUCCUAUGAAGCCGAUCAUGAGGUCCAUGUUUCUCCGGUCUGAAAGCGACAUUAUGCUGAAGUUGGGACUAAGGAGCAACUAAGAAAAUUAUCAUAGUGCAAAAGUUGCAUCGGCCUGUGCUGUGAAAAGUACAAACAUGUGACACUGACGGCCGUUUAUCUCACUUCAAAUAAACCAUAUAACUUUUCGUUCCAUACUAUGAA